GGCGCCAGGGGCGACGAGGAAAUACUCGGCGCGACCAUCUUCUUCGCGUAUAUCGCCGCAGCAUUACUAUUGACAGGCUUCUUGACCUGGGAUCUGGCUAUCACAUACAGAAUACGGAGGAAGAGCUCGCAUCCACUGCACGGAAACGGAUCCGAAUACCAAGUCCAGUCGAAGCUCCAGGGAUCCAACAGCGUGAAAAUCAGAACCGGCGGCGUAUUGGCGGCGUUCAGCUUUGCAACACUCUCUUACCACAUGCUGCAUUUCCUGACCCAGUCUCAUCGACGGUGGUGGAACCUGAAGCAGGGGUUGUGGAGCGUGGAAGAUGUCGGUCUCACGCAUCCUCACAUCUGGCAAUGGACAAAAGAGUCGGCAUUAUUCGAAGAUUUUGCCCAAGCUAUCCGCGGCGAGCCUCACCGAUUCUGGUGGACGCACCUGGUCUUGGUGUAUUCAUUUGCGUGGAAUCUGUUCAUG